GAUUAUGCUUCUUAUAUAUUCGACAGCAUUGCUGUCGAAUGUAUUGGAAACGUCGUCGUUUCCCUAUCUGGUUCAUCUUCUCCGGCCCUGUUCUUGCCGGUCCCAUCGGAUUCUGGCUUGUUGCCAUCGAUCCCCCUGCUUUAUUUCUUUGUAGAUCUGUGCAUUUUGGUGCAAAAUCCAUCACCUCUAAGCCUCCACGCGCCUCCAUCCUGUCUUUUCUUUACUGCCUUCAUUGCCUCCACAGCAUUACGGUCCCCAUUGACAAAGGUAAUUGAUAUUUUUGUGAUUUUUUAAUACCAAAUUUUAUUGUUUUAUUUGUAGAUUAGUGUAGAUUAUUAUUAUUAUUAUUGUAUAAAUUAUCAAUAAAUUUAUCAGUAAAUUACUGUUAUUUCU